AUGGCCCUGCAAGUUUGGGAGACUUUGAAAGAAUCAAUCACAGCAUACACAGGUCUCUCUCCAGCAACCUUCUUUACAGUUCUUGCUUUGGCCCUUGCUAUCUACUAUAUGGUUUCUGGGAUGUUUGGGUCCUCCAAUCAAGGUCAUCAUCAGAGGUCUAGGGACUUCGAGGAGCAGAUGCAGCCUUUGCCUCCUCCUGUACAGCUUGGAGAGAUCACUCUGGAGGAGUUAAAGCAGUACGAUGGGUCUGAUUCUAAGAAGCCUUUGCUCAUGGCAAUCAAGGGUCAGAUCUAUGAUGUGUCACAGAGCAGGAUGUUUUAUGGACCGGGUGGGCCUUAUGCUCUGUUUGCGGGGAAAGAUGCUAGCAGAGCUCUCGCAAUGAUGUCCUUUGAAGAGAAGGAUCUGACAGGAGAUAUCUCUGGUCUUGGUGUAUUUGAGCUUGAGGCCUUACAAGAUUGGGAAUACAAGUUUAUGAGCAAAUAUGUUACGGUCGGAACUGUUAAGAGCACAAUUCCAGUAACUGAUGCAUCGAAUACUAGUGAACCUGCUGAAACCACUGACCGAGAUGCUGCUAAGUCUGCAGAAGAUGGUCCAUCAGAGAAUGCAGCUGUCGAAACUGUGCGCACACCUAAUGUUGAUGCCGACAAAAAAGAAUAA